AUGCCUCCUCUUAGGUGCGUGUCCCUUGCGUACGCCGUGAACUACUACGCUAUGGGGUACACCGUACAGGCCGACCAUGCACAUCGCAUUAAGAUGGGACUGGCCCCACCGUGGCGUGAGAUGCAACGGUGCUUCAUCCCCAGAACCACAGCGAGUGCGGACGCCUUUGGCUCUCACCCUUUGGUGUGGCAGCCCAGCGAAACGCCGCAAAAAAUUGGUGGCGGGGUACAGCUGGCUCUCUGGAGUGUGGGAUCUGCGGUGCUGGAAGUGUUCUUGUGCAUGUGCCCAGCUGCGGAAGCAAAAGGGCAGCCAGUCGCACACAUGGUGGGCACCGUGCUCUACGCCACUUGUGCUCGGACACCGAGCCGACUUCGAGAUUUUGGUCCUGAGUUGGUACGUUGCACAACGUUGCACUGGGGGCUGUCUCUGGUUGCACCUCUGGAUCGCGCCAGUGAGCCCAGCCCUGGCGUUGCGUCCCUGAAGGCGUUGGGAGGAUCGACGGAAGGAGAAGCGUUGCUUGGUGUACCAGAUUUCACGGCGUGUCAGGUGACGUUUCGCUGGCGGGGUUCUCAAGCAGAGGACCCAGAGUUGAGGGAGGGGGUCAUUAUCCGUAUCCGGUUCAAAGGGCGGUCAGUCGAGGAACCGGUGCACGAGAGCCCGUGGGGACACUUGGAGCUUUUUGGGCGCCGGCGCGAUGCGGCGCUGGCGGCUGGCUGGCGCCGGUCCACUGAAGAAGGUAGCUUAGCCGGGCAUGCGGCCUUUGCCAUUGCAGGGACCCAACGAGGAACCAACGUCUAUUGGUCGUCGCCGUUGGCAGAUUUGGACAGGCCAGCAAUGACUUCGACCAUGUUUAAGGUGGUGGUGGGAGCUUUGGCUGUACAGACGUCAGCACAAGAGAUGAUGUUGGGCCAGCCUGCCCAUGUGCAAGUGAGUUCCAUGUCAGCUAUGGGACCAGACGGCCUGAUGCAUACCUCGGUCCACAAGGUGAUCACUCAAACUUCCGAUGAUGGCAUGCAGAAGAGGAUUGCGGAAGUGGAAUGCAAGGACGGUGAAUGCUCCAAGUCGGUGAGCCAAUUCUUUGCUCCCUCGGGAUUUUUCGGGGGGAUGCCCAGCAUGCCUCGCAUCCCGGAGCGUUUCCGCAUGAUGCCCCUCCCGAUGCCAUCGAACUUGCACGAGCGGAUGCCAAUGGUCAUGGGUUGCAUGCACAAGAUGCACGACCACAUGCACCACAUGAUCGUCCGAAUACACAACUCCAUGCCCCAGAUGGGGCGCUCCGGUCACUUCCUGGCCCCUCGCGUGAUCAUCGUCGAUGAGCCGGUGCCUCCUGCUGCAGCAGUAAUGCAGGUUUCACCCGAUUUCAAGAAGGCGCCCCUCGAAGACCGCUUCGACAUCUUUGUGGGCCUGGCGCUGGGUCUUCCAGCCAUCCUCUUGGUGACUUUGAUCCUGGAAAGGAUCUACAGGUGUUGCUUUGGCAAGGCACCGGCGCGUGAGCGGCCCUUGCAGGAGCUUGGCGCCCCAUUGGCACCAGAGGAGCAGGCAGAACUUGGCGCAGGCCCUCUCAACUACGAACCACGGGUGCAGGUCCAGGUCGCCCCAGUGAUUGCCAGCGUGGAAAAGACGCCAACGACGCCAACUCAGGCAUACCUGUUCAAGCUGUAUGAGCGGGCCGCUCACAACAACGAGAAGAAGGUGGCUCAAGCUGUGCUUUUGGACGUCUAUGCCAAGGCACUGCAGCGAGUGCAGUGA